AUGGAUAAUGCAGCGAUUCUAAAACUCGGCAGUCUCAAAUGCGUGGGGAAAGUUUUACGCAUUGUUGAGUUGUGCUUUGUGAUUCUUCUGUUGUUAUGGAUUUCCACUCGCUUGCCUUUCGCCGUGAAAAUCUCCGGCGAGUAUUUCCGUCAACUCGUCGGUGUAAUACUUAGUCCUUGCUUCAUCUUCAUCCUAUGCAACUUUAUCGUCCUCACUCUCCUCUUGAAGUCCGGCGGCCUCUUUUCCGGCGACUACUCUUCCACAUUCCGCAAUGUCGGUGAAACUGAACUCUACGACUCGUUUCUCGAAAAUCCGACUAAUUUUUCAUCCGAAAAGGAAGCUCUAGAGAUUGUUUACGAAGACAAACGGAUGAUAUUUGAGGAGAGCUCAGUGAAAAAUGAGGAUUCACGUGGUUCCGACGAAGAAAUCGAAACGGUUAAAGUUAAGGCAAUGGAAUCUAAAGGUCCGAUGAGGAGAACGCAAUCGGAGAAGCUCGAUAAGAAAAGCGUGGAGGAAAUUUGCGUGAAGCUCCGUAGAUCGGAAACGGAGAAGUGCCGGAAAGUUGAAACCUCCGGCGAGGUAUCGCCGUCGACGGCGUAUGGAGUUGACGGAUUAAGUAAUGAGGAAUUUCAGAAGGCUAUAGAAAAGUUCAUUGCUAAGCAAGUCAAAUUUCAUCAACAAGAGAAGUUGGCUAUUGUCCUUCAUAGCCAAGCUUAA